AUGUUCGCAUACGCAUUGUCCCUCGCCACUGCCCUCCUCGCGGGCUCCUCGCUCGCCCUCCCCACGCUGCAGUCCCGCUGGAACACCAGCGCAUCCUGCGUCGGCCUCCCCGACGGCUCCACCGCCUCGCCGUCAUACAACUUCACGCUCGCGGCGUACAACCUCACGCAGUCCAACGCGAACGACACCGGUGUGCCGCUCGUGCUCGCAUGGGGCCCGCCAGGUACUAGCCCUGCGGCGAGUGAGUGGGUCAUCUCGACAUACGAGUCGUGGGGCUCAAAUCAGUGGCCGUACUUCACGUUGACGGACGGCGGGCUCUACCCCCAGCCCAGCUCCAGCGAGAAUGGCCUCGGAGCAUACGACUUUGCCGUCAACGAGGGCGAUGAGGUCCACUUCAUCGUCACUAUCGCCGAGAGCAACCCCACGGUCGCCGAGAUCUACUGCGCAGCGGACGAAUCGGAGGACUAUGCUGUCCUCGCGGUGAACAACGACGCAGACAACUUCUCGCUCUGCCUCGCCGGCACGCAGAACAAUCUGGUCUACGCGCCGAGCACGAACAACACACUGUACACCUAUGACUCUUGCUACCCCGUGCGCGUAUACCUUCUUCCCUACGAGGGCUGA